GGGGGGUUCUGCUUGUAUGCGUCCAUAUAUGCUUGGAUGCGUUGUUUGGGAUCACGGAUCUCCGUGUCGAACGUGAGACCGGGUCGAGCCAGGAUGUCAGCUGUGUAUUUGCUUCGAGUGGGGGACAUAUCGGGCAAGGUGAAGAUGUUUGGGAAGCUUCUAAGCUAUUCUGCUGUCUCACGAUGAGCGUGCUCUGUGAAGGGGCAAGGGAAUGGAAGCUUCUUAUCCCAGGCGGCUGGGUGUCCGUGGGAACUGGCGGUUAACGACCAAGCCAUCCAAGGCAGUAAACCUGUUUUCAAUGCAUGCAUGUACUGGUCAGGUUAUAGAAUCCGUGCCAGGAUGAGUGAUACCCCGCGUCUCCGCGAUUGUAGAGGAAGCCGAUUCGCCGUUGCUGCCUCGGUAGGGACGCAGCAGGAGCACCGGAACGUCACCAACCUCCUACCGGACCCCACCCGCCUCACAGGCCCCAAGGACAUCGCCUACACCCACGUCCCUAGAAAGGCCAAUCCUCGUCCCACGAUCGCGCCGAGCCCCCGGUUCAAGGACCCAGGUAUCCAAUCUACGUCUAGCCGGACUUCCACCGACCGUCCGUUUACGUCCGUUGUGGAUUUGACGGAAGAUGAAGACAAUGAAGCGGACGAGACUCUAUCCCGUCGGACGUCGAUUGACACGGACAAUCGAGCAGACGCGUCUCACGAAGAGCGACUUUCCUCAGCGCCUAUAUACAAUAGGCAGCUGAAAGAUGGGUUGAGCGAGGUCAAGACCCUGCUCCGGGAGUUGGCACAUACAAUGCGCCUAUCGGGAUUGACUGGCAAUUCAACCACGAGUCUUCACAAUCUGUAUAAUGAUACGAAGAAGAUGAGCGAGUUCAGAUACCCCGAGACUCGGACGGUGGGAUUUAUCGGGGACUCAGGCGUUGGAAAGAGCUCGGUGAUCAACUCGCUUCUCGAUCAGGAAAAUCUCACACGCUCGAGCCGAGACGGAUCAGCGUGCACCUGCGUGGUAACCGAAUUCCGACACUCAGGCAACAAUCACAAUCCAUACACAAUCGAAGCCAGUUUCAUGGACACCGACGAGGUAAAAGAGCUGCUGGAAGAGGUUUUGCAGAGCGUACGCCAGUUCCACACCCCCUCCCUGUAUAGACAGCUUCGAUCAUCAGAAGAGCAGACGAGCUGCCGAGAGAAGUCCGACCGCGCGUGGGAAGCCCUAGAGUCGCUAUUCAAAAAUGAGCCCGAAAUGAGUCUGGACUACGUAUCCCGCGACGAGGAGGGCGCAGAACUGGCUAUUCUGGACCGGCUCGAGCGGUGGGCUCUUCUAGGCUCCGCCCAUCGACCAGGGGGUCCGGCCAGUUUGGAGUAUUCGGUGGUGUGUGCUGGCUUGGACGAAUGCAAGCAGCAGCUGGAUGCUCUGACGGCCGAUUCGCUUGGAGGGAAUAGGCCUGCGUUGUGGCCGUUCAUCAAAUCGAUCAGAGUGUAUCUGGAUGCGCCCAUCCUGCGUACAGGCCUGGUCCUGGUGGAUCUGCCCGGGCUGCGAGAUAUGAACUAUGCGAGAGUUCGAGCCACAGAGCACUAUCUCAACCACAACUGCGACGAAGUGUUCAUCGUGAUUAACAUCGCUCGCUGCAUCACAGACCAGACUAUCUCGGAUAUUAACAACCGAUGCAGGGACGAUCAACCACGUCAUAUCAUCUGUACGAGGUCGGAGGAUACUUCCGCAGAAGAAACCGCCCGUGAGCAAUCGCCGAUAGCUCCGCGAGUACGUGAAAUGAACCAAGGCAUUUUCCAAGUCAAAGUCCAGCAGAAAGACGCCAAUAAUUUGAAGAAGAAGGCUACCCCCGCGGAGAAGGAAAGGAUUGUUCUGGAAAUGGAGAGACUGAGGUCCGUCAUCAAAUCACUGCACGCUGAGAGAAAACAAUUCCUGGUCGAAGAGCGAAACACACGAGUCUCGCGCGAAUUAGCCACCAGAGACGGGAUCACCCGGGUCUUCUGCGUCAGCAAUGCGUUGUACACAAAGCACCGCGAUAAUCCCGAAGAGCACUCGGAAGCGUAUCUUCAGCUCAGUGGGGUUCGACAGCUUCGCAGCUACUGCCGGCUGGUGCCAGCGGAUGCCCAACUACGCGCCACGUCCGCUUUUCUGGAGCAUCAAGUACCUGCGCAUUUGACGUCGCUGCGCCAGUGGACGUUAUCCGGGGUCGAUUCCGUCAUGGUAGAGAAAGCUGCUACUCUUCGACGCGCGCUAGGGGAUGCAGAAGCGGCGCUUCGUCAGGAUUUUAUCUCGCCCGAAGCGUAUCUUAGAAAGGCGUAUGCAAACUUGAGCCAUAUAUUUGCUCAAGAUAUCAUCAACAAAAUCCGGGUCUGUGACAGCGAGUGGACAGAGCAUUGUGUAGAAGUUAGCGAGGAAUGGAGAGGAUGGCAUUCCGGGACCUAUGCCGCGUGGUGUCGCAAGUUUGGGACCUACAGCACCAAUGCACAAGAUCGCUACUGCUGGAACAAGUCGCUGGCCCAGAAGCCGCGUGAAUAUCUCGGCCCAGGCUGGGAUCAUAUCAUCGAAUAUUCGGAAUCAAGUAUAGAGUCCUUGGGUUUAGAUACCUCUCGCACGUUUGAUAGGAUGCGGCGUGCACUGGCAGAGCAUCGGAAUUUAGCCCCCCAGGCCAUUGGAAACCUUCUCACCGGCUUGGAGGCCAGACAGAAGUGCAUCACAGAUGAGAUUCAAGACGCCUUUACCAGGAUCAUUCAGAGUUUGCACCUCCUCAAAAGAGACACGCUUUAUGGACACGCUAGUUCCGUCAUGGCAGGCCUCAUGCACCCUGCCUAUAUAAAAUGCAAUCGUGUGUUUGAGUCAGGAAAAGACAAAAUCCGCAAAGACAUCAUCCACGACCACUUGGAGCAGUCUCGACUAUUCGCAAACUACCGGCAAAGAAGCCGGGACAUGUAUAAGUCCGCCGUGACAGCGGACUUCGCCGACUUACGGCGGAAGGUCCACGAACACGUGAAGAUGGUAAUCAGAGACGUGCGGGCGGUGGUACUUGCGGAUGGGGAGGCUCCAGAGGCGGAACAGGCUCCGGCAUUGGCGGAAGAAAUGGGCCGUCAAGUGAGUCGUGCCCUGGAAAGCGCUGCGCGCGCUCAGGCUGUUCUGGAGGGGCUGGUUUCGCACUAAGGAGGUUCAAUCAUUGCUCCUCUUGAUUGGGGUCCAAGAUUGGGGUGUAGAUAUGUGUAGGACGUUCAAGAUACAAAUUGCG